AUGCGGAGCGAGGAGCCGGCGCGCCCGCUGGCGUUCAGCAUCGCCAAGAUCAUGGAGCCGGACCCGCGGCGCAGCGCCAGUGGCGGCGACUCGGCCUUCCGCAAGUACGUGCCGCGGCCCCAGCAGUCGCAGGCCAACCCCGCCAAGCAGAAGAGCUUCACGUGCCCCGAGUGCGGCAAGGUGUUCAACGCGCACUACAACCUGACGAGGCACAUGCCCGUGCACACGGGCGCGCGGCCCUUCGUCUGCAAGACGUGCGGCAAGGGCUUCCGGCAGGCGAGCACCCUGUGCAGGCACAAGAUCAUCCACACGGCCGAGAAGCCGCACAAGUGCCACACGUGCGGCAAGGCGUUCAACCGCAGCUCCACGCUCAACACGCACACGCGCAUCCACGCCGGCUACAAGCCGUUCGUGUGCGAGUUCUGCGGAAAGGGCUUCCACCAGAAGGGCAACUACAAGAACCACAAGCUGACGCACAGCGGCGAGAAGGCGUACAAGUGCAACAUCUGCAACAAGGCCUUCCACCAGAUCUACAACCUCACGUUCCACAUGCACACGCACAACGACAAGAAGCCUUUCACGUGCAAGAUCUGCGGGAAGGGCUUCUGCCGCAACUUCGACCUGAAGAAGCACAUGCGCAAGCUGCACGAGAGCGCGCCGGCGGCGGCCGUGGCCUUCCCGGUGACGGCGCACCACCACCACCACCACCACCACCACCAGCACGCCUUCCUGGCGCCCUUCCUGCCGCCUGCCGCCUACCUGUCCAAGGUUUUGUGACCCGCCCUCUCGCUGCUGGGCCCCGCGCCGCUGCAGCCCUGAGACGCGGACCGUUGCUAGUCACGGCACUCGCGGCCGAACGUGUGUCUCAGUUGUUAGGAUGUCUGCAGGCAUUCCGAAGUGGACUCGAGAGACGUCUUUCUCUUUCUCGCAGCUGACAUAAUGCCUGACCUUCACAUACACGGAAGAAACUAUGUCGAAUUUGUACUUAUCCGAAAUUUACGCGAAUUUCGUGCGUUCGGGAGACUGUUAAAUAGAGUCGUACUUAUAAAAGCAAAGUAUUAUUCGCACGGUGAUAAUCUCAUUUACAUCUCUCUGAAAUUUGGAGAACUGGCUAUUACACUCUGCACUGACAGAAUUCCGUCUCGUAAAAUUAACUCGAGUUAUUCGUUUAUCGGUAGAUCUUUUUUUGCCCGCAAUGCCUGCGUCAUUUAAGAAUUAUGAUAAGUUCGAGCCUCGUUGUGACGUGCAAUUGUCCUUUUUCGUGGACAAAGAGAGUUACGUACUAGCAGACCAUUCAGUUUCGUAGUUUCGUAUUUUUCUGGACGCGUUAAAUUGUUAUAUACCUUUCGAGUUCUUAGCUGUGUCGUAGAGAAUUAACAGAUAGGUAAUUUGAUAGAGGGCACUAGGUAUCUCAUAAAUAGUGAAAUGCCUUAAAACUGGCUAUCGAGAAAUGGUCUCUGUUAUUUGUUUAGACGUCCAGUGGUGUGGGACAGACGUACCUUACAGUUAUUUUAUUUGUUCGAACGUAUGUGUAUGUUGGCCAAUGAUUGCUUCUUACAAACUUUCGGAAAGAUCAACGUCACAGGAACUGAUAUAAAAACUUCUUCGAAAUCUGCAUUAGUGCUAAAAUCGAGUCGUUCUGUACAAACUCUAAGAUAUGUACCUUACCCUAUUGGCUUCCGAACGAAUUACAACGGCCAUUUCUCCAAAUCUCAAUCUAAAGGAGUUUCUCGCCUUCGAGGAAAACACCUGUCUUACAUCGAGUCAAUGCCUGUGUCUUCUUCUAUACUACGAAGAGAUAUGAAUUUCGUCUGCUGGCACCCUGUGUUACUGCAGAAAGGUUCAUCCUUUCUAUAUUGUUGACACGAUACAUCAUAUUUUUUGCCCUUUUCAGGACAUACAAUUUCUCCCCUCUUAAUUAUCCAGAAAUACUGGACGGAUAUUAACAGAACUAACUAACGUAUAUUUACACGAAAUAUACCGAGUAGACUGCAGUAAUAUUUGUCGAUACUUUCUAUUAUAGUCAGACAACCUUUUUCCUACGUAGUAUGUUCAACAAAAUUCGGAUGUCGUUAGGUGACUCUCCCUAGUCAGAUUUCCUGCAGGUGUGCUAAAGAUCUUUAAAUGUUGCCACGAGUAAAUUAGCAUGCGGGAAUUGUGCAGUGCGAGUGGUAAUUGUAGCUAACAGCCUGCUUACUGUGUAAUCCUUAUGUGUGUAAAGACGUGUCUCGGUUUUAAACGAUACUCGUCAUGUAUCGCUAAGAUGGUUUUUGUGCAAUACCAGGUUAAGAAAGGAACUUAUAUUUUAAGAGGCAAGGAAUAUGUGUUAAGCGUUCUCUGCGACCAAGUUUGGAAGAACAUUUGAAACGGGUCGAGAGAUACGAUAACGACUGUCUAAAAUGAGAUUGGUUCCUAAGGGACCUCCAAAGUGUACUAAUGAAUAUUGAAGACUGUAAGGAAAGCUAUACCAAAGAAAUGCAGAUUACUGCAUGCCGCACAUGUUUGUUUCAGAUUACUUGACUAUUCCUCUGAAUGCUUUAUUACCGGACAAUGUAUUACAUAUAAUCAAAAUUUUACUCAUAUUUAAUGAUGUUGAUACCUAAACUACUGUGUAUAUUACAAGCUACCAUCAAUGAAGUAAAUAUUCGGAAGGUGUACUGUUUAUUCAGUAGUUUUUUACAUCAUUCGACUCAACUUACCAUUUAUAAGACAACUGUUCGUCUUCAGUUUCCACUGAGUAUACUUAAUUUAUUCAAAGCUAAUGGGAAUAAGUGAUUAGCUGACUAUGAUUGUCUGGAGUCGGGUUAUUUAUAAUAAUUUCAUUAGCUCUAUUCAAGCGAGACAAACAGCAGCAUAAUUCCAGAAGAUUCCAUGAGACUGUUUCGGGACAGAGACUGCAAAGCUCUGUUUAUCUUGCAAAUGCAUGCAGUAUCCGUUAGACGUUCCACAAGAAACGCAGAACCAUUGUAGGUGCGAAGAGCCUCAGCAGCGGUUCCUUUGCCUUUCAAAUAACAGUAUAUCGAACUAAGUUUUCUCUGCAAUAUGGCAGUCAUAACUGGACCUGUUUUCAUAUCCGUAAACCUAAUUACACUGGACACUUGCGAGAGGGUUAGAACGAACAAUAGUGGUAAACUGUAGACUUAAAGAGCUCAGGAAUUAAAGUAUGUGAGUGAAACUUGUAAUUUAUUUUUGAGUUUACUUUUCCUGUGCGGAAUAGUUGUCACAGAGUUGCUUCAGUUAUUUCACAGCACAAACGCCGUGCAGUG